CUUUAUUGCCAAAGGUCAGAUGUGUCUCUUGUAUCUACGCACAUCUGCGGUGAUCGUAACAAACAUAACAAUUAACGUCAGUUUGGCGACUUUCAAGUAGGUUGCAUCAUAUCGAGGAUCUUUCUCGAGAGUUCCGAAGCGGAACGGGUUCGCUAAUCAUUCUCAUCACGACCGAUGCGGAGACUCUACAAGAGUCUCGUCGACGGAUCGUUCCAAGAUGCAGAUGCAGGAAGCCGAAGGUGCCGAUGGUUCACCAUGGAAUAAUUCCAGUGGCUGUGAUGAAGACCGUAGACCAGUCCAAAAGGAGGGUAAAAAAUCAAACGUACUACCAUUAUGGGGCAAUGAAAGGACUAUGAAUUUGAAUCCUUUGAUUCUCACCAAUAUACAAUCGUCGCACUAUUUCAAGGUGAAUCUGUAUGAGCUCAAGACUUACCACGAAGUGAUUGAUGAGAUUUAUUACAAGGUUUCUCAUCUAGAACCAUGGGAAAAGGGCAGCAGGAAAACUGCAGGCCAGACUGGCAUGUGUGGAGGCCGGUUCAUGCAGGUACGAGGCGUGGGAGCUGGCGGGAUUGUCUCCACGGCUUACUGUCUACUGUAUAAACUCUUCACGCUGAGACUGACGAGAAAGCAGCUGAACGGACUCAUUAAUCAUCCGGAUUCACCCUACAUUCGCGCCUUGGGAUUUAUGUACAUUAGAUAUACGCAACCACCAGCAGACUUGUUUAGCUGGUACAGUGAUUAUCUGGAGGAUGAAGAGGAACUAGAUGUAAAGGCGGGCGGUGGACAGACGAUGAAGAUGGGAGACAUCCUCAAGCAGUUUUUAACGAAACUCGAGUGGUUCUCUACGUUGUUUCCACGGAUUCCAGUACCAAUACAAAAGGAUCUGGAGCUGCGACUUGCCGAGCGGUUUCCGCAGCAGCAGGUGAACGCGCGCAAUGCUAAACCACCGAUCACCCUCAACAGCCAUGGCAAGUAUGGCAAUAAGGACAGCCGUAAUAAGGACAAUGGCAAUCUGAUGUCACGCAACCAACAGGCUCGACACAUUCCCGACAACGAGACUCAAUGGGGUGAGGCGGAACGUAUGAGUCACUGGCGUGCCAGAUCCGAUGAGGAUCGCAAGGACAAGAAUAGGGAACGCGACCGGGAACGAGAGAGAUUGCGAGAACGCGAUAGAGAGAGAGCCCGUGAAAGAGAUCGCGAGAGGGACAGACACGGCAGAAGAUCCGAUAGUCGUGAUAGAAAUAGAAGACAAAGAGACUACAGAAGUCGCAGUAGAGACAAGUACAGAGAUCGGAGUAAGGACCGUCAUCGCGACAAAGAUCGACAUCGGGAUAGGAGAGGUUCGCCAUACGAUUAUGCCACAGAAUUGGCACGUGAGCGAGAAAGGCAACGAAGGGAAAGAGAAUGAGUGACAAGAGAGAUUUUCUUUCACUCUCUUUCUGCAUAUACCGUGUACAUAUUUAAUUAUUUAUAUGAAUGAUGGGGAUUAAGAAAAAGUGACGGCAAACUUUCAUACCGAGCCAUACUAGCACACAUGUCUACCGUGUGCGCACUUACAGAGGGAUGCAUUCUGAAGCAAGAUAUAGCCUAAGUUAAACUCGUCUAUAUUCACACAUAUGUAGUUUACAUGUUUUUAUAAUAAACUCGUCACACCAUCAUUGCUGCUUUUUAUCAUAUAUGUUAUGGUAUUUUGGCAUUGUCUGGGAAGACUUCAAAGAGUGAA